GUAUCGAUGCCCUCAAGUAGGCUUUGAAUAAGCCGAUUAAAUACAAGCAUUUCUUGUUAUUUGAUAGGCACCAGAUAUAACGAAUCAAGUUCAAAAAAAUUGUAUAAUGGAAAACAGCAAGGAGACGGGCAUCGGCACCGAGUCUGCGGCUGUAAACAAAGCUACGCUGAACACCGGAGACACCAUGGCACUCAAGGAUUUACUGGAGAAGCGCCUAAACGAUUGUGGCUGGCGGAAGGAAAUCGAGCAACUGAUACGCAACACCUUGGAGGAACGUGGAGUGGCCAAUAUUACACAUGACCAGCUCGCCGCAAUGAUCGUUCCAAAUCCAGGCUCGUGCUUUGGUGCCCGAUGUCGUACGCAAGGAAAUGCUGUUGCGUGUGCGCGAGGCUCUGCAGUCUCCGCUGCCUGCUCCUGGCAAGAAAUGAUGGGCUCCUGAUGGGGAUCUCUAAACGCAAGCUGGUCUAGUUUCAAAUCAAAUUGUUCUCAAAAUAGUCAUAGCUUAAAUUGUAUCAUUGUUAUGGUUUAUUAACUUGUAAUUAAGUAAUUGUAUAUGUACAUAUGUAUGCUUACGCCUGCUAAUGCUACUUAUGAAUUGCGCCAUUAGUUGUACCAAUAUAUGUAAUAAAUAAACAACUUAAUAAUAUA